AUGCAGAAAACUAAGGCCAUCUCAGUUGGUGCACAAUCCAUCAGCAUUACAGGCCAGCCCUGGGGCCUCGCACCCGAGAUUUCACAUCAAAAUAGCUGGCAGCUGGUAGAUGCUGGCAGUUGUGGUUGUGUCAAUUCAGAAGAUCAUGGCUUCAACAAUUUCAACCGUCGAGCCCCAAAUUUCGGAGGGUUCUUUGGGCCCUCAAGCGACGCAGGUUGCACUUUGGAGCGUGGUUAUGAGUACAGCUUGGUGGUCUACGUGGAAUCCUCUGGCAACACUGGAACUUUGUCGUCUCCUGUCUCUGUCAUGGUACCUUCCUCCAAUAGCUUCUACACGGACCCUGCGGCCACCAAUCCAAGCACUGCAGGUGUCGACAUUACCUUUGCAACCCAUCAAGCUGGAAAUGCUUGGGGAGUUGUUGCGUCCGUGGCGGACGCCUCAACGGUCUCUGCCAGCACCAUUAAAGCGGGCACAGGCGGUGACGGCCACAACGUCCGAGACGAUGAGCUUCACCGGAUGCAGUUUGGUGUGAAGACUCAAUGGAAACAAACCCUGGAUGAGACCUGA